AUGCGAAAAUAUGGUUCAAUUCCUCCAGUUAUAUCAGUCAAAGCGAACUUUUGUACUCAGACGAGUGUUGCCAAUGAAUUUACACUGAACAGAGAACAACGGGCUGCAUUUAUGAUCAUAACAGGUCAUCUUGAUGGUGAUAAUCGUUGUCGUACAGGUAAUCUUUAUAAAAGAAGUCGUCAGAUAUUCAAGUACAUUAUAUUUUCAGGUGACAAUAAUGGUCAGCUUAUAAUGUGCAUACCUGAAUGUGGUGGCACAGACAAAUCACAAUUGAUUCGUGCCCUUACCAAAUACUUCUUAGUUACAAAAAAAAUACAAGUGAUGCGGAAGUUAGCACCUACUGGUAUUGCUGCUGCUGAAAUCGAUGGCAUGACCAUCCAUUCAUUUUUGGGUGAACAGCGCAACUCAGGAAAAGCCCGUAUGAUUAAACCAGGCGAUUUAAAACUUGAGAAAGAAUGGACCCUCGUUGAAUAUCUCUUAAUUGAUGAAAUGAGUAUGGUUGGUUUAACUCUACUUGCAAAACUCAACCGAAUUAUAUGUGCUGCAAAACAUACUGAUCCUCAAGUUCCAUUUGGUGGUGUAAAUGUCAUCUUCUUCGGCGGUUACUUGCAAUAUCGACCUGUAUACGAUGUACCCCUACAUACAGAUUUCUCUUUACCGGUCAAAAGUAAAUCGAACAAGAUAGCAACUGAAAAACAAAUUCAACAACGUGUUGCACGUUCUUUAAUUCUUCAAAUCAACUGUGUGGUCAAACUUACUCAACAGAUGAGAACAGACGAUCCACGUUACCUUCAGCUGCUCGAACGGCUUCGUCGUGGAGAAUGUAACUACGAUGACUACGAAUUAUUGUUAACACGAGUAAUGGGGCAAUCUUCCAUACCUUUGCUAAGUGAUUCACCAUGGAAUAAAGCUCCGAUUCUCGUAUUUCGUAAUGAAGUACGAACACAAUUAAACCAUAAGGCAGUUAAUCAUAAAGCAGAACAAGUGGGACAAACACUAAUAGUAUGCGUUGCCCAAGACACUUGCAAAGGCAAACCAAUUGAAGAUCGGGCACUUAUUAAAAAAAUGUUAGAAUUAUCUGACAGCAAAACGGAGCAUCUACCAGGUCUAUUACCUCUUGUUCCUGGAAUGCCUGUCAUUUUAACGCAAAAUAUUGCGAUUGAAUUGGGUCUUAUCAACGGUGUGAACGGAAUCUUUUGGCAGCUUGUCUACCAGGAAGAUUCGGUGUCAACUGAUAUUAUUUCGGAAGAAUUUUCCAAGAAUGCACGAUAUGUCCAUCGACCUCUGUACGCCUUGGUGGAAAUUAGCAAAUCAAAGAUCGAAUGCAAUUUAGAACAACUUCAGCCAAAGUUAAUUCCAAUACCGGUAAUGGAACAAACAUUUCGAGUCGAUAUAGGCGAUAUGCUUCCAAAAGAUAAAAAGCCAAAAUCAAAUAGAAAAACAGUUUUAUCGAUUAAACGGCGUGCUUUACCACUUGUACCAGCUUAUUGCAUUACAACGCACAAGAGCCAAGGUCAAACAUUGAAUAAAGUUGUAAUUGACUUAAAACUGCCAAAUGAAACAGAUGAUAUUGCUGCAGUCUAUGUACCCUUGUCGAGGUCACAACUGGCGGAAAUUGAACGACUCGAUAAACUAUAUUUAGAGACCCAAGCACGUUUUCCAGAAUGGUUGUAA